UCUCUCCCUUCAAUCUCCAAUACUUAGUCUUUGCAAGAUGGAACCAUCUCAGUGGGUCUCGAUUCAUAUCCGAGACCGCCUUGAAUCUGGCAGCAUUAAUGUCAAGGACUCUUUGAUUGACCUGGGCAAAUUUCAUAAUCCCGACGACCAGGCCAAGUCCAUGACCGAAAACGAGGUCGACAAGCUUGUCAUCCCAGCCAACGGCAUCGGCGAGGUUUGCGCCCGUGGAAGAAGAGGAAGUGAGGGAUGGAUGGACCUGUUCGACGGCGACUCCAAGAUAUGCGAGCUGUACUGGGACAAUCGAUCCUCAAGCUCCGCGAAUACCUUCGAGGUUGUAGACGGUAAUAAAGAUUACAAGAUCGAAUGCAGUGGGUGGAGCCCAGCGGCUGGCCCACUGGGACAUGUUUUCAUCGACAUUUCCGCUGCAGACAAGAAAAAGAAAUAACUAUCCAUUCGCACCUCCCGAGCCUCUUUGCUUCCUUCUCUUGUGUAUCGGUUUGCUUUUUGAAUGUUUUGCCCUGAAAUGAAGGAAGCAGGAGGAAGCCACUCAAAUCGAGCGCUUACAGAUAUUCGGGAGGCAUAUGUACUCGUUAUCCCAGGUAGUUGCAUAUGAAUACAGGGCAUUUGCGUGUGAUGGAAUGGUUUUUGGGCUGCACUGGCCGCCGAACAUGCUGAUUGUGAAUGCGUGGCCCCUGGUAUACCGUAUAUCUUCCGCUCCCUGCGAUACAGAGGAAGUUGAUAAAUCUCACCGAGUCAAACGUAGUCAUUGACAUCCACGGCUUUACCUUGGACUUUGGCAAUACAUGGUUUCAC